AUGGCCGCCGAUGUGGGAUCGAUGUUUCAAUAUUGGAAGAAAUUUGAUCUACGGCGGCUUCAGAGGGAGCUGAAUUCAGUGGCAGCACAGCUAGCUGGACGACAGGAAGAAAGUGAACACUCCCACAAACACCUGGCAGAGUUGAGUCGGGAGUUCAAGAAAAAUGUCCCCGAGGAAGUGCGGGAGAUGGUUGCCCCUGUCCUUAAGAGUUUCCAGGCCCAGGUGGUUGCUCUGAGCCAGCGCAGCAAGGAAGCCGAGUCGGCUUUUCUGGGAGUCUACAAACAGCUGAUCGAGGCCCCAGACCCAGCUCCGGUGCUGGAGGCCACACACACUCUUGAGGAGAGGCUGCAGGAGUUGCAGAGCUCUGUCCCGGACAGUGAGGCCUUGGUCCGAGAGAUCCACGGCCACUGGAAGAGACACCUGGAGUGCCUUGACAACACGGAAAACACAGAGAGGGGAGCUGUUGCCGCGGAGACUGGAGAGGCAUCAUUUCGUUUGUCCUGUAUGAUGACACCAAACAGCACACAGAGAAUGCAGGACGACAACUCGCCCCUCCACAACCACCAGGAACAGGCCAAAGAGGAGGUGAACGGCUCAGAUGCUACGCUCUCAGUCAGACUAGGAGAAGCAGAGGACAGGAUCAAAUCCCUUCAGUCAUCACUCAGUCUGGCACAGACAGAACUACUAGAACUGCGGUGUCGAUACGACCGGGAAAUGGCUGCCAAGGCGGAGGAGCUAGGCUUACUCGUGACAAACCUAGAGAAGGCCAACCAGAGAGCCGAGCUGGCACAGAGGGAGGCUGACAGACUGAGGGAACAGCUGGCCAACACCCAGAGCACUUCAAAAGGGAACUGCCCUCCAGAGGACGUUGUCAGAGGGGAGAGAGAUGAGAGGGACGAGAACGCUCCGUCGCGGUUGGAGGCGGCACUGUUCUCUAAGGACAGAGAGAUCCUCCGCUUGCUUGAGAACAUCCAGAGACUUCAGUUCACGCUACAGGAAGUCCAAGACACAUCAGCCAAUCAGAUUGCUGAGUUAGAACGCCAGCUGGCCUAUAAGGCAGAAGCUAUAGAGAGACUUGAGGCCAAGCUGCAGUCUCAACUAGACUACGAGGAGAUCAAAACGGAGCUCAGUAUCCUGAAAGCCAUGAAAAUGGCCUCAGCGAACGGAAGCUCAUCCCAGGAAUCCACUAAGGCUGCAGAGGCGCUGUUGCUGGAUAAAGAGGCUUUCUUGCCUUCUCAUAAAUAUCUGACAGACAAAGCGUGUGUCCCACACAGCAACGAUGAUGACCAAUCAGGGGAUUCCAGUAAGGACGUGGGCAGGCCUAUGAGCUCUUACUCCUCCCCUCAGGGGACGUUACAGGUGGAUGGGCGUGCGUCGUCCAGCCCCGGCCCGGCCAACGCGGACGGGUCCUCCUCUGCCCACGAGUCCUCUCGUCCUUUCUCCGUGUCGCCUUUCUCCGGGGAGAAACUGGCAGGGGAGCAGCUCCUUCAGAAGCAGCUGCUGUCUCCCCUGUUUAAGAAAGAUGCCGGCGCCCUCAUGGCUUUCCCCACUGCCCUAUACGCAGCCAAAGCUGCGCUCAUAUCAGUCAGCCAGGGCCCCUCGGGUCCCGGCGCUUUGGAGAGCGGCAUGCCGAGCGACCAAUCGGAGAGCGGAGCCUCGAGCGCCGGGGACGACGACCAGCUGGACACGGCGGAGAUCGCCUACCAGGUCAAAGAGCAGCUGCUAAAGCACAAUAUCGGCCAAAGGGUGUUUGGGCACUACGUCCUGGGCCUAUCCCAAGGGUCGGUGAGCGAGAUCCUCGCCCGACCCAAACCGUGGAGAAAACUGACGGUGAAAGGGAAGGAGCCCUUCAUCAAGAUGAAACAGUUCCUGUCAGACGAGCAGAACAUCCUGGCCCUCCGGACCAUCCAGGUCCGUCAGAGAGGGAGUAUCACUCCUCGCAUCCGAACUCCAGAAACUGGGUCAGACGAUGCCAUCAAGAAUAUUCUAGAGCAGGCCAAGAAGGAGAUCCAGUCGCAGAGAGGAGGUGAUGGUAAGUCCUCUCUGGGCACUCCGUCAGGUCGUAGCGGCAGCGGUGGCGGCGGCGGGGGCGGGGGCGGAGGCGGAACCAGCGGUUCUGACGACGCCAUCAAGAGCAUCUUGGAGCAGGCUCGGCGGGAGAUGCAGGCGCAGCAGCAGGCUCUGAUGGAGAUGGAGGUGUGCGGCAGGGCUUCGGCCAGCGAGCGCCUGGCCCUUCAGGAGCCCUCCAAAAGCCUGCCUCUCCCCGUACCCACCUUCAUCAAGCAGGAGGAGGGAGGCGCCCUGGCAAUGAGCGCGGCCAAUCCCAUUGGCAGCCCUCAGACGCCCCUCAGCGUGCUGUCCCCGGCCGCCUUCGUCCAGAGCAUCAUCCGCAAGGUCAAGUCCGAGAUCGGCGAAGCCGGGACCUACUUCGACCAGCACUGGUCCGCCGAACGCGGGACCAUGAUGUUGGCCUCCGGAGGCGCCUCUCGGCCCUUCACCUCCAUCUCGCCCUCCCUUUCCUCUUCCUCCUCCUCGGGGCAUUCAGCCCUCCCCAGGCCCUGGACGCGACCGGAGAACGGCGAGUGCCCUCCCAACAGCGAGGAGGCCUCCGCCGCCGAGGAGGAGCAAGGAGCGCUGACGGGACGACCUGUGGAGGUGAAAGUGGAACCGGAGGUGUCGGGGAGCGGGGAGCAGCCGUGCCCGGGGCGGAUGUCUUACUACCCCUCGUACAUCCCGCGAACCCUGAAACCCACCGUACCCCCGCUGACCCCAGAACAGUACGAGAUGUACAUGUAUCGCGAGGUGGAUACGAUCGAGCUGACCCGACAGGUGAAAGAAAAGCUGGCCAAGAACGGAAUUUGCCAGAGGAUCUUUGGAGAGAAGGUGCUGGGUUUGUCGCAGGGCAGCGUGAGUGACAUGCUAUCUCGACCCAAGCCCUGGAGUAAGCUGACCCAGAAGGGCCGGGAACCUUUCAUCCGUAUGCAGCUGUGGUUGCUGGACCAGCUGGGCCACGGCCUUAACCAGCUGCCCAACCACAGUCACACCCAGGACAAGAGUCCAGUGACGGCCCGCUCGUCCCCCUCCCCGCCCCCUAGCCCGGAGGAGAAUCAUCCAAGCUUACCGCUGGAGCCUGUUAGCAUGGCCCUGGAGAGCAGCAAGGAGAACCAGCACCCACACUCCCACCAUCAGCAUGGCGAACCCCCAGGAGGGAAGACCACCCCAGGCAUACAGGCCCUGCAGCAACCCCAUACCCCUCUGGGCAUUCAGGAGCUGGUGGCCAUGUCCCCUGAGCUGGACACUUAUGCUAUCACCAAGAGAGUGAAGGAGGUGCUGACGGACAACAAUUUGGGUCAGCGUCUGUUUGGGGAGAGUAUUUUGGGGUUGACUCAGGGUUCUGUGUCAGACCUCCUGUCUCGGCCGAAGCCUUGGCACAAGCUUAGCCUGAAAGGUCGCGAACCAUUCGUCCGCAUGCAGAUGUGGCUCAACGACCCCCACAAUGUGGAAAAGCUAAGGGAUAUGAAAAAAAUGGAGAAGAAAGCCUACCUGAAGCGCCGGUACGGCCUACUGAGCCCGGGCUCGGACAGCGACUCUCCGGGAGCUCGCUCGGACUGUGUCAGCCCGGGGCUAAACUCUGUGGAGCUUUGUCCCUUCAACCAGGCCAAGAAACCCCGAGUGGUGCUAGCAGCAGAGGAGAAGGAGGCGCUGAGGAGGGCCUACCUACAGGAGCCUUACCCGUCUCAGCACACCAUCGAGAUGCUCGCCUCCCAGCUCAGCCUCAAGACCAACACCGUCAUCAACUGGUUCCAUAACUAUAGGUCACGGAUGCGGCGAGAGGUCCUCAUGGAAGGUCUUCAGGACAACGACACGGACCCUGAACCCAGUAACUACUCCCCUUCUGCCACUCACAGUCCGCUUUCGGAUAGCGACGAGAGGAAGCAGCAUCCCUGCAUCCGUAGCGGACCCCUGAGCACUGGAGCCCAGCCCCUAAAUGUUAAACAGGAAACCAGCGAACUUGAGGAAGAAGGGCCAGGAGAGGAGGACUCCCACAUCAGGCAGUCCAAGAUCAAAUGCUUCUCCAUGGGCAUCCAGUUCCCUCAGCUCAAAUCUGAGAAGGAGGAACAGGCGGCCGGAUGCACAGACCAAGUGUCAGCUCCAGUCUGUCCCCAGGGCUUCAGGGAGGAUGAGGCAGGCAGUAGCCAGGUCCAAGGUCUCUUUCCUGGGUCGCUGUCUGCGGACGGUCCCGCUCAGCGAAGCAGCCUGGCUCCACACGAGAGCGAAGAGUCCGACAGGUCUCCCGUCGACCCAGUCAGCUUCAAGGCUUCGUCCGAGCCCUGCCGAAGCAGCCUGGAGGUCUCCCUCAACUCCCCGUCCGCCGCCUCCUCCCCGGGCCUCAUGAUGUCCGUCUCGCCCGUUCCAUCUUCCUCGGCCCCCAUCUCUCCUUCCCUCCCCAACCCGCCCGCCGCGGGCACCAACCACACCCACGACCCCCCUCCCCCCAGGUCCAGCUACAGCCUGGAACCCCUUCCCCCGCACAACCCCAAACACAACAAGAACACUCAGAGGCGCACUGAGAAAAUGGCCAACCUCAAUAACAUCAUCCACCGACUGGAACGGGCGGCCAACCGUGAGGAGACCCUAGAGUGGGAGUUCUAG